CAAGGCUUGAUGUAGUUUCCGUUCUAGAAAUCACCCUCGCAAUAUGCGGAUUGCGGAACUCCUCAGAUGAGGAUGAAGAGGAGGAUGUUGUGAAGGCAGGUUGAAGCUGACCGAACUGGGAGGUGUCAACGCAUACUUUGCAUCCAUUUAACUGUGCCGCCUACGUAUCGCUCGACGAAGCCAAGCUCUUCAGACGACGCCUGUUCCUUGUGUCUUUAAAUGACAAGCUGCAUCGAGAGAGGCAGAGGACGAGUCAGGCAAACGACAGCUCCUCUGAUCAACCGGGAAGGGCAUCUACUAAGCAGGCCGUCUGUCACCAGCAGGGCAGCUGGCGUUGCAGCCGCUGUUAGCAGCUAGCUCGCUAACCAGGUUCAAUCGAGAAAUUCCAGAACCUUCAAAAUGAUUAUGCCAAUGUAUAAUCUCAUAAUACAAUGGACGUUUCCCACCUUGGAAUGAAAUCAUCUACUAACUAACACCAUUCAUCACGGAUGACGUGAAAUACAAGACGUGGUCGAUCCAAUAUGGAGAAAAAGAAACCGUGCCCACGACUCCUCGACUACUUGGUGGUGGUUGGUGCAAGGCAACCAAGUAGCGAUAGUGUGGCACAGACCCCUCAGCUUCUCCGCCGAUAUCCACUAGAGGACCACCACGACUUUCCACUCCCACCAGAUGUGGUCUUCUUUUGCCAACCAGAAGGCUGCCUUAGUAUACGUCAGCGUAGGGUUAGCCUUCGUGACGACUCGUCCUUUGUUUUCACACUGACUGACAAGGACUCAGGAAUCACUCGCUUUGGAAUCUGUGUCAACUUCUACCGAUCUUUUCAACGCGGGCAUCACCGUCCCCGUACGGACAAGGGUGGUCAUGCAGACAGCGCAGCGCAAGGAGGGGACACCACAAGUGAGGGGUCUGAUGGAAGCACUGGAGGAGGCCAGUCUUCUGGGUUGUCACCAUCCACUAAAGCUGAGUCCGCUCCUCUUUCUGCUUCUGGAGAGGAGAUUGAACCAGCAGUUCCUGAGCUCAAUGCCGGAAAGGCUGCAGAGCUCAGGCGCAAUGCAGCAAAGAUAGCUGCCAGAAAUCGCAACAGUACACUGACCUCGUUGUGUUUACUCAGCCACUACCCCUUCUUCUCCACCUUCAGGGAAUGCUUAUAUAUUCUUAAGAGGAUGGUAGACUGCUGCAGUCAGAGGCUCACGCAGCGUGCUGGAAUGCCCCGUACAUUCCAAAGAGAUACAAUGUGGCGGGUUUUCGCCGGCGCACUCUCAGUGGAAGAGAAGGGAAGCCAUCUAUUGGCUGACCUUCGGGACAUUGAAUCCUGGAUUUACCGUUUGCAACGUUCGCCCGUACCAGUGGCAAGCCAGAGACGUGUGGAUGUGGAAGUUCUGCCCCAUGAAAUGAAACGACCUCUCACCUUUGCACUGCCUGACAACUCCCGCUUCUCCAUGGUGGAUUUCCCAUUGCACUUGCCUUUAGAGUUGCUGGGUGUGGAUGCCUGUCUUCAGGUUCUGUCGUGCGUCUUGCUGGAGCACAAGGUUAUUCUCCAGUCAAGAGAUUACAAUGCUUUAUCCAUGAGUGUAAUGGCGUUUGUGGCCAUGAUCUAUCCUCUGGAGUACAUGUUCCCGGUCAUUCCCUUACUGCCAACCUGCAUGGCCUCAGCUGAACAGCUUCUUCUUGCUCCGACUCCCUACAUCAUCGGUGUGCCAGCUAGCUUUUUUCUGUACAAAUCUGACUUCAAAAUUCCAGAUGAUGUGUGGCUUGUGGAUCUGGACAGCAGUAAGGUUAAAGCACCUACAAAUGCAGAGAUUCUACCACCUCUUCCAGAGCCUGAAGCUGGUGAGCUCAAGAAACAUCUGAAGCAGUGUCUGGUUAGGUUGACCGUGAUCACCCAAAAGCAGAUCUUCUCUGGUGAAAAUAAGGCCUUGGCGAGUAUGAGUCUGAAUACCCAGCCCAUUUUAAAUCUGGAGAAGUUCCAGGAAGGUCAGGAAAUGCCCCUGCUUCCCCCUGGACGUGAUAAAGCUUCACCAUCAUCCACUGAGUUCAACCCCCUUAUUUAUGGCAAUGAUGUUGAUUCUGUGGACGUCGCCACCAGGGUGGCCAUGGUACGGUUCUUCAACUCUCCAAAUGUUCUCCAUGGUUUUCAAAUGUACACACGGACCCUGCGCCUCUUCCCUCGUCCUGUGGUGGCUUUUCAGUCGUCACCUUUCCUCGCAUCUCGACCGAGGCGAUCUCAUUUUGCUGAUAAGCUUUCCCACACCCAGGCUGUGGAGUUCUAUGGCGAAUGGGCUCUCAAUCCCACUAAUCUAGCAUUUCAGAGAAUACAUAAUAAUGUUUUCGACCCGUCCUUAAUUGGUGAUAAACCCAAGUGGUAUGCUCACCAGCUUCAGCCAGUCGUCUACAGAGUUUAUGAUGGGGGGUCCCAUCUGAUUGAGGCUAUGGCAAGUCCAUUUGAGGAUGAGAGCAAUGACUCUGACCCCACCGACAGCGGUAGUGACAGUGAGGCAUAUGAUGAUUCCAGCUCAUCCUAUUCCUCACUUGGAGACCUUGUGAGUGAGAUGAUUCAAGGAGACAUUCAGGGAGACACACCAAGCCUACAACCACAUACGCAUGCUGCUCUGGGAGAUGCAAGCGAGGUGGACUUCCAGGACUUAAGAGAAGGCUCAGAGGGUCCAUCCAGCGGGGAUGCUUCUGGCGAAACAUCUGACGGACAGCCCCUUCGCUCAAGCUCCAGCACAACUGCAAGCUCCAGUCCCAGCACAGUCAUUCAGGGAGUCAACCAUGAUCAAGGGGAAGCACCAGAUGGCGAGGCACUAGCCGGUGCUGGCCCACAGAACCCAGUCAUUGGAGUUAGCAGCCAACCGUCUCUCAGAUCAACCGUUGAAGCUGGCCCGGUGGACCCAGCUAUCAAAAAACGAGAGUAUGACAACCCCUAUUUUGAGCCUCAAUAUGGCUUCCCCUCUGAAGAUGAUCCUGAUGCAGAAGAACAAGUGGAGUCAUACACCCCUCGAUUCAACCAGAACCUCAAUGGCAACAAGUGUGUUCAACUUGUUCAUCACUUGAAUGAACUAACUCUUCAUUCAAAGGGGGGGCUCUCUGACCAACCAUGUAAUGUCAAAACCCAAGCACAGCGUCCUUCACGUCCAAGUAGUCUGAGACUACCCGGGGAAUCCGAUGGAGAAGGGGACAGCUCACCAAACUCAACCAUUUCCAACAGCAGUAAUGAUGGAUUUGGGGGACUAAUGUCUUUUGCUAGUAAUCUUUACAAGAAUCACGGUACCAGUUUCAGUCUGUCCCAGCUGGCUCUACCAAACAAAGCUGCAAGGGAGAAAGCCACGCCUUUCCCCAGCCUGAAAGGUGCACGUGCACCUCGGGCGCUUGUGGACCAGAAGUCUUCUGUAAUCAAACACAGCCCAACGGUGAAGAGAGAAUCACCCUCUCCUCAGGGUCGCAUUAAUAAUACAAGUGAAAACCAGCAGUUUUUGAAGGAGGUUGUACAGAGUGUCCUGGAUGGACAAGGUGUCGGCUGGCUCAACAUGAAAAAAGUGCGCCGUCUGUUGGAGAAUGAACAGCUCCGCAUCUUUGUGCUGAGCAAACUUAACAGAGCCAGCCAGUCAGAGGAAGACUCUAGACAGGAGAUCAUACGAGAUGUGGAAGUGAGCCGGAAGGUAUACAAGGGCAUGCUGGACAUACUGAAAUGUACGGUAUCCAGUUUGGAGCAUUCCUACACAAACGCAGGCCUUGGAGGAAUGGCCAGUGUCUUCAUCUUAUUGGAGAUAGCACGCACGCAUUAUCAAACCAAAGACCCUGAAAAGCGCAAGCGAAGCCCCACAGAUAGUGCUGGCAGCCCCGGGAGUAAAGAGAGUCCUUCUGGCCAAAUGGAGGCCGCCAGACCACAAGGUCUUCUGACCGUUCCUCAUCUGCAGCUGCCACAUCACACAACGGGCAGAGGAGCCCACCAUUUUGACAGCCGGAGCCUGAACGAAGAGAACUUUAUUGCCUCGAUUGAAUUGUGGAGCAAGCACCAGGAUAAGCAAAAAUCUAUGGAAAAACCACAGAGGGCUGAAGGAGCAAAGCAGCAGCGCUCCCAGGUGACGGAUGCAGAGGAAAAGAAAUCUCAGAUGAGUGCUGAUAGUGGUCUCAGUGUCACCUCUGGAUCUCAGAAGAGUGACACAGAGUCUGUAACAAGUUCCGAACCGCCCAUCCUAACAAGAAGUACCAGCCAAGACUCAGAGGCGAGCACAGUGAUAAGCAAUAGCUCUGGAGAGACUCUGGGUGCUGACAGUGACCUGAGCAGCACAGUGGGAGAUGGUUUGGGUGGGAGAAGUGCUUUACAUCUAGCACAGUCCAGAGGGACCCUCUCUGACAGUGAGAUUGAAACAAAUCCUGCUACCAGCUCAGUGUUUGGAAAGACUCACACACUAAAACCUGGCGCAAAAGAAAACACGUCUGCAAUAGCAAAAGGGGCGCCCACUCAGCCAAUGGAGGACAUCAGUAUGAGGAUCUACCUUUGUGAUGGCCUCUUGGGCCGCGAUAAGAGCUCCGUUUGGGAUCAACUAGAGGAUGCUGCCAUGGAAACCUUUUCGCUAAGUAAGGAACGCUCCACGCUCUGGGACCAGGUGCAGUUCUGGGAGGAUGCCUAUUUGGAUGCUGUAAUGUUAGAGCGGGAGGGGAUGGGAUUGGACCAGGGACCUCAAGAGAUGAUUGAAAGAUACUUGUCACUGGGAGAACAUGACCGCAAGCGGCUGGAGGAUGAUGAGGACAAACUUCUGGCUACCCUACUGCACAACAUGAUUGCAUUCAUGCUCAUGCUGAAAGUGAGCAAAAAUGACAUCCGCAAGAAAGUGAGGCGCUUGAUGGGCAAGUCCCACAUUGGCCUUUCCUACAGCCAAGAGGUCAAUGAGUUGCUGGACAAAUUGGCCCAAAUGAAUGGCCGUGAGCUGUCAAUCAGGCCCUGUGGAAGCCGUCAUAUCAAGAAGCAAACGUUUGUUGUACAUGCUGGUACUGAUACUACUGGGGACAUUUUUUUCAUGGAGGUUUGUGACGACUGCAUAGUCCUCCGCAGCAACAUUGGCACCGUGUAUGAGCGCUGGUGGUAUGAGAAGCUCAUCAACAUGACUUACUGCCCCAAGACCAAGGUUUUAUGUCUUUGGAGACGUAACGGCCAAGAGACUCAACUCAAUAAGUUCUAUACCAAAAAGUGUCGGGAACUCUACUACUGUGUUAAAGAUAGUAUGGAAAGAGCUGCAGCCAGACAGCAAAGCUCCAAACCAGGUCCAGAACUUGGUGGAGAGUUUCCUGUCCAAGAUAUGAAAACUGGUGAGGGAGGAUUGCUGCAGGUCACGUUGGAAGGAAUCAACCUGAAGUUCAUGCACAGUCAGGUUUUCAUAGAGCUGAGUCACAUUAAAAAGUGCAAUACAGUGAAGGGAGUCUUUGUCCUGGAGGAAUUUGUUCCUGAAACUAAAGAAGUGGUGAUCCACAAGUACAAGACCCCCAUGGCCCAUCAGAUCUGUUACUCGGUCCUCUGCCUUUUCUCCUACGUGGCAGCUGUGAAGGGGAAGGAGCCGGAUGGAAAAGCCAAGAUACUAUCGCCACGACCCCUCCCGAGCUAGUGCACCCUCGCCCCCUCUGGUCUCCAAGUCCCCUCCUCCUCCUCCUUCUCUUCCUCCUCCAUGUGCCUCUACUUGAGUUCCAACACCACAGACAAUCCCUCAGUAACACGGAAGCACACAAAUCUGUGUAAAUAUUGGCCUGUUUUAGUGCUCUGUGAUGUCAUGUAAAUAUUUGUUCCCAGGAGGUUUGUCCUCAUCUCUUUUCUUUUACGAUACGACCAGAUGUUCUGUAAGAACAUUAGAGGAACCAAGCGCAUGCAGGUCCCGUGCACACAGCUCUCCCGUCAUACAACUUUGUGUGAUUGCGUGCUUAUUUAGUGUGACGUGGCCGCUAAGGAAAUAAUGUGUUCUCUUGCCGUUAGCUCAGUCCGCCGGGCUGAUUUGCUGUUCUAGUUCCACUGUAACCUUGUCUGUGCUCUGCUGUUGAUCAAUAGUAUGUUAUUUUUGUCCAUUCAGGAAUAAAUAUUAUAUAUAUUUACAUAUAUAGUAUUUAUUUAAUAUAUAAGUAUUGCUGUAUAUUUCUGAAAAGAAAUACCCUUAAAUAUUGACUUGCAUAAAUGUGCAACAUUUAGAUGUUACCCAUUGUUUGUCUCGUCAACGUAUGAACUGUGUAAUCUUUUACUAGGUCGGUCAUACAAUAGAAAAGCGCUCAAUUGAAUGUGACCUUCAAACUCAAGAUGCAAUGGUAGGUUGUACUGUCAACGUACAGGUUCUGCCUUUGCGUAAGGCAGUGCUUCUCAAUUAUUUUCUGUUACGCCCCCCCCCUAGCAAGGAGAAAACUAUUCGCGCCCCCCCUCCCCACCGUGACUAUCCUAACUUGUCUUGUAAGUCGUAAAAUGUUGCACUGUCGCAAACGUGACAGAAGUAACAAUGAGAGCGCCACUGCCCCCUGCUGUAGUAAACGCGCAAUUACACUUUAUUCUAGUACUGCCAAAAAAAAGCAUGUUCCCCAGGGUCACACCCGCCCCCCCAGGAAUAGCACCGCGCCCCACUAUUUGAGAAGCACUGGCCUAGGUGACUGAUUCACAAUUUGGUUUUGUCUGAUAUCAGAGAUUAAAUAAAGAAAACCAACUGGCUGA